GCGGCUGCGCGCGGGAGCGGGGGCGGGGCCGCGGCCGCGGCGGGAGCGGGGCGCCCCCUGGCGGAGAGCGCUGAGGGAAGGGGUGACGCCGCCGUCCCCAUCGGCCGCCACCAUGGGCUCUGUGCGUUCCCUGUCCGCCGCCAGCGCUGCCCCGAGCCGGAGGAAGGCCGAGGAUGAGGAGGAUGAGGGUUUGUUGGUCAGGCAGGAGCCCGUGGAGGACGUGGCCAAGAUUCCCUACAUGGAAUUCACGGGCCAGGACAGCGUCACCUGUCCCACCUGCCAAGGCACCGGCUGCAUCCCCACAGAGCAGGUGAACGAGUUGGUGGCUCUGAUCCCCUACAGCGACCAAAGGCUUCGUCCUCAGAGAACGAAACUCUAUGUGCUGCUCUCAGUGCUGCUCUGCCUGCUGCUGUCUGGCCUGGGGGUUUUCUUCCUGUUCCCCCACUCGGUGCUGGUGGACGAUGAUGGCAUCAAAGUGGUCCAGGUGUGGUUUGACAGGAAAAACUCCGCUGUCCUCCUGGCCAUCACGGCCACCCUGAGGAUCAGGAAUUCCAACUUCUACUCGGUGGCAGUGAGCAGCCUGAGCAGCCAGGUGCAGUACAUGAACACCGUGGUGGGCAGCCAGCAGCUCACCAACGUCUCCAGCAUCCAGCCCCUGAGGGACAAACUGGUGAAUUUCACCGUGAAGGCAGAGCUGGGUGGAUCCCUGUCCUAUGUGUACUUUUUCUGCACUUUGCCCAAGGUGAAGGUCCACAACAUCGUGAUCCUCAUGAGGACCUCGGUGAAGCUGUCCUACAUCGGGCACAGCGCCCAGAGCGCCCUGGAGACCUUCCACUACCUGGACUGCAGCUCCAACUCCACGGCCUGAGGCCACUGAGGCACCUGAACCAGCAGCAGAGGAGUGAGUGGCUCUGCAGGGACAACCCUGGCAGCUCCGGGGCCCUUUGGGGUGCUCCUUCCCUUCUUUUUUUUUGUGGAGGAAUCUGGAACUUUCCCUCCUGAAUUAAGGGCUGAAAUCCCAGAGGUUUUCGGUGGUUCACACCUGUUCUGGAAGCUUGGCGCCGUCGGGCGUUUCGGGGCAAAUGGAUUUAAUUUCUGAGAGUAAAUGUAUUUAUUUUUUUCCCCACGGGAAAUGAGUUUAUUUUUCUGCACCUCAGGACCUCAAAAGAGGGACAGUUCCCACCCCAAAUGAGCCUCUGUAACACCCUGGAAGGAGGCAAAGGAACCCAAAUCUUUGGAAUGAACUUCUUCCUCAUUUUUCCCCUGUGGCUCCGACCCCUUUGGCAUGCAGAGGCUCUUCCCUGGGGUUUGAAAUCCGGGAAUUUGCUGCUUUUUGUGCUCCACUUCCCAAAGCAGCAGGGAUUGGAGGGGGUUCUGUGGGAGGCUGGGAUUCCAAGGCCUCCCUGCCGGGAGCUGGACAUUCCUGCCAGCCGCUAUCCCGAGCAAAAUCCAGCUGCCAGCUCGGCCCCCGCAGCCCUUUGGCAUUUUGCCCCUUUUUGGGAGUUUUUUUUCUGGAAUUUCAGCCCUCAUUUCCCGUGGGAUUCGGGAGCCAGACACAGCUACAUGUGAGAGGAUCCUUCCUCAGUGGAAAAAUUACUGGAUUUUUGGGUGACAGUGGCACAAAAUCCACACUUUGCUCCCUUUUCCAGCAGGACAUUCCUGCCCCUGCAGCGUGUGUAGGGCUGAAUUCUUCAUUAAACCUGAUUUGGAUCUUUC